GACUUCGUUAGUGCUGUACAAUGACAGCAUUGGCCUCCUGUACAUAAAAGUUACCAUAGUUCUACUAUGAAGUAAUCUUCUGCGUUGAUAUAACUUAAUUUCCGCAUCCCCCAGCAAUUGUGUUGCUGCUGAAAUACACACACACCAUGUCUCAUCCGCACAGUGUCGAUGGGAUUGUCCGAACGGCAUCGGGGCGCGAAACAUAUGCACCUGAUGGGCACAACAGCGAUACGGAAAAUCAGGAAUCAGAAAACCACACAGGAGAAUCAAGCGCGGCAGAAGGUUCCACCCGUUCUUCCAGCGAGUCUUCACAUUCACAUUCGAGGUUUGGGCCUUUGAAAGCUUCAAAUGGAGCCAACGACUCAGAGGCGGAGCUCACCCCAAAACUCACGCGGAAGAAGACAGAAGUCGAACUUCCCGAUGAGGACAGAAGGCAGCUGGGGGAGUUGUAUACUACUCUCUCGCGCCGGUCGACAACAGUGUCACCCAAUGAUCCUUCGGUCGAUCCUGCCAGUAAUCAAUUCGAUUUGUCGAAGUUCGUCAAGUUGGUGCGUAAGCAGAUGGAAGAGGAGGGAAUCACCAUGCGUCAAGUAGGACUUGUCUACAAGGACCUAAACAUUUACGGAACCGGAGCUGCACUGCAACUCCAGAAGACGGUCAUGGACCUCUUGAUGGCGCCAUUUCGCCUGGGGGAGAUGUUCAGCUUCGGGAAGAAGGACCACAAACACAUCCUACGGAAUUUCGACGGUGUCAUCAACAGCGGCGAGAUGCUCAUUGUUCUGGGAAGACCAGGAGCGGGGUGCAGUACGCUUUUGAAGACCAUGUGCGGCGAACUUCAUGGUCUUAGCAUGGGAGAUGAGUCAGUUGUGCAUUACAAUGGUAUUCCCCAAAAGCAAAUGAUGAAAGAAUUCAAAGGAGAGGCCGUAUACAACCAGGAGGUCGACAAACAUUUUCCGCACCUGACUGUUGGCCAGACACUCGAAUUUGCAGCAGCAUGUCGAACACCACAACACCGCAUGCGUGACAUGUCUCGCGAGGACUUCUUCAAGUUUGUAGCCAAGGUCGUUAUGGCUGUGGUCGGACUCAGCCAUACGUAUAAUACGAAAGUCGGCAACGAUUUCAUACGGGGUGUAUCAGGAGGCGAGAGGAAACGUGUUUCGAUUGCAGAGAUGAUGGUGGCUGGUUCACCUUUUGCAGCAUGGGAUAACAGCACCAGGGGCCUGGAUUCUGCUACUGCAUUCAAAUUCGUUCAAUCGCUACGUACCGCCUCAGACUUCGGCGGCAGCUCCGCCGCUGUAGCUAUAUAUCAGGCUAGCCAAAGUAUCUACGAAAUAUUCGAUAAAGCUACUGUGCUUUAUGAGGGUCGACAGAUCUUCUUUGGCCCGGCUGAGGAGGCUCGUCCGUUUUUCGAAAGACAAGGCUGGUAUUGCCCACCACGUCAAACCACCGGGGAUUUCCUUACUAGCAUUACGAAUCCUUCUGAAAGACAAGCUCGCAAGGGAAUGGAGAACCAGGUUCCCAGGACGCCAGACGAUUUCGAACGCUAUUGGAGAGAGUCUCCCGAAUACCGCAACCUGAAGAAGCAAAUCCAGGAAUACGAACAGGACCACCCAGUGGAGGAACAAACCGCACAUCUCACCCAGCUUCGUGAACAGAAAAAUUUUAUCCAGGCCAAACAUGUUCGACCGGAAUCACCCUUUCUUAUCAGCAUUCCCAUGCAGAUCAAGCUCAACACUAGGAGAGCUUACCAGCGCAUCACGGGUGAUAUUGCAGCCACGGCCACGCAAGCAGGGCUUAACGUCGUCAUGGCUCUUAUCGUCGGCUCUAUAUUUUUUGGAGGCAGCGACGAUUCCUCUACCUUCUUCGCCAAAGGGUCAAUACUGUUCCUUGCGAUUCUUUUCAAUGCCUUGACUGCUAUUGGUGAGAUAAACAAUCUUUAUGCACAGCGCCCAAUUGUCGAAAAACAAGCAAGUUACGCAUUCUACCAUCCCUUUACCGAAGCAAUGGCCGGCAUCGUCGCCGAUAUACCAGUAAAAUUCGUCCAGGCAGUCUUCUUCAACAUCAUCCUGUACUUCAUGUCUGGACUUCGUAGAGAAGCGGCCCAGUUCUUCUUGUACUUCCUCAUUACCUACAUUUCGACUUUUGUUAUGUCAGCAGUUUUUCGAACGCUCGCUGCAUUAACGAAGACAGUGUCGCAAGCGAUGGCGCUUUCAGGUGUUCUAGUUUUGGCUCUUGUGAUUUACACUGGAUUUGUUGUAGCGGUUCCCAAUAUGCAUCCCUGGUUCAGUUGGAUUCGAUGGAUCAAUCCUGUAUUUUACGGAUUUGAGAUACUCGUUGCCAACGAGUUCCACGGUCGCGAAUUCCCAUGCGCAUCUUUCAUUCCAGACUACGUUCCGCUGCAAGGAGAUAGCUGGAUUUGUAAUGUUGUUGGAGCCCUUCCCGGUCGACGCACCGUCAGUGGAGACGAUUUCAUCAGAAUCAACUAUCAGUACAGCUACGGACAUGUGUGGCGCAAUUUUGGCAUUCUACUUGGGUUCUUAUUCUUCUUUAUGGCUGUGUACUUUGUCGCAAUCGAGCUCAACUCAGCCACGUCCAAUAGUGCUGAAGUACUCGUCUUCCAACGUGGCCAUGUUCCGGCCUACCUUCAAAAGGGCGGCAAAGACGUCAACGCCGACGAAGAAUCUACAGCGGUUGCUGAUUCAAAAGAAGGUGUUGAUGGGGAAGUCGCAGCCGUUCCCCCCCAAAAGGAUAUAUUCACUUGGCGCGAUGUAACCUACGACGUCCCCGUCAAGGAAGGAACAAGACGCCUACUCGACAACGUUGCUGGCUAUGUGAAGCCAGGUACUCUUACAGCCUUGAUGGGCGUCAGUGGUGCUGGAAAGACGACGUUGCUUGACGUUCUCGCGCAGCGGGUAUCAACAGGCGUCGUCACUGGUGACAUGUUCGUAAAUGGAAAACCUCUGGAUCCAUCAUUUCAACGCUCUACCGGAUAUGUUCAACAACAGGAUCUGCAUCUUGAGACUGCCACAGUCCGCGAAAGUCUUCGAUUCAGCGCCAUGUUGCGCCAACCGAAAUCUGUCAGCAAGGAGGAAAAGUAUGAGUACGUGGAAGAAGUCAUCAAGAUGCUGAAUAUGAGUGAUUUCGCAAGCGCGGUCGUCGGCGUGCCUGGCGAAGGCCUCAACGUUGAACAGAGGAAGUUGUUGACGAUCGGCGUCGAAUUGGCUGCCAAGCCAAAGCUCCUCCUUUUUCUGGAUGAACCGACUAGUGGACUAGACAGUCAGAGUUCAUGGGCGAUCUGCGCCUUCCUGCGCAAACUGGCGGAUGCCGGACAAGCCGUUCUUUGCACUAUUCAUCAGCCGUCAGCCAUCUUGUUCCAGGAGUUUGAUCGCCUCUUGUUCUUAGCUAAAGGUGGCCGCACUGUUUACUUUGGCGAGAUAGGCCAGAACUCGCGCAAACUGCUCGACUAUUUCGAAAACAACGGCGCCCGAAAGUGCGAUGACGAGGAAAAUCCCGCGGAAUACAUGCUCGAGAUUGUAAACAAUGGCCAAAACGACGAAGGACAGGAUUGGCACGAUGUUUUCAAAGCAAGCGACCUGACUAAGGAGCUUCAUCGGCAGAUCGACCAGAUUCACUCAGAUAAGCAAGGCGAACAGGUUGCCGGAGCAGAUGAAGCGGAUGGAACAUCAGAAUUCGCAGCGCCAUUCCUAACCCAGCUCCGAGAAGUCACAUAUCGUGUGUUCCAGCAGUAUUGGAGAAUGCCAAGCUACAUCUUCGCGAAGAUGAUUCUUGCCGUCGCUGCCGGACUCUUCAUCGGCUUUACCUUCUACGACGCCAACACUUCACAAUCUGGCAUGCAGAACGUCCUUUUCUGUGCUUUUAUGGUGACCACUAUGUUCACUUCAUUGGUGAACCAGAUCCAGCCAUUGUUCAUUACCCAGCGAUCUCUUUACGAAGUCCGCGAACGACCAAGCAAAUCCUACUCCUGGAAAGCUUUUAUUCUCGCAAACAUCGUCGUUGAGAUACCGUAUCAGAUUGUCGCUGGUAUCUUGCUAUGGGCUUGUUACUACUACCCUGUAGUUGGGGCCGACCAAAGUUCCGUUCGACAAGCGCUCGUCAUGUUGUUCAGUAUCCAACUACUAAUAUACGCCUCGGCAUUCGCGCAAAUGACUAUCGCCGCUCUUCCGGACGCGCAGACAGCAGCCGGAAUCGUAACACUGCUUGUCUUCAUGAGUAUUCUGUUCUGCGGCGUUCUCCAAUCGCCAAGCGCACUCCCUCGGUUUUGGAUCUUCAUGUACCGCGUUUCGCCCUUCACGUAUUGGGUCGGCGGUAUCGUGAGUACGCUGUUACAUGGUCGACCGGUUAUUUGUUCGUCGACCGAAGUUUCACGGUUCAGCCCUCCGGCCGGUCAAACGUGUGGCCAGUAUUUGGCGGAUUUUCUCCAAACCGCACCUGGAGUUCUACAGAACCCGGAAUCGACAACCGAAUGCAAUUACUGCGGGUUGAGCAGCUCGGAUCAAUUCUUAGCUGGAAGCCAAAUCUUUUACAGCGAGCGCUGGCGCAACUUCGGUAUUAUGUGGGCGUUUAUAGGUUUCAACAUCUUCAUGGCGGUGUUUACUUAUUGGUUAUUCAGGGUAGCCAAGUUCGGCAAAGGCAAGGGUAAGAAGACAUCGACGAGUAAGAGCAAGGGUGCUCAGAAGGCAGCAGAAGCAGUGGAAAAGCCUGCACAAGAGGGCGCAGUCCCACCUAAUCAUGCGGUUCAAGAGUAG